GUUCGAGGAUUUAAUAAGUUUUCUUAUGGAAAAAAAUAUAUACCAAAAAUGUGUAUGGUUAGGCAGAACAGAUUUGUGUUAAACGUAGGAUUAAAAAAUAGUGUUGGGUUAGUUUGAUGCUUAAUCUUUCUUUUACGCAAAAACCGGGGAAUUGGUUCGGAUUGGAGCUGAGGCCGUGCAUUCUUCUUCGAGUAACAAAAUUCCAUUGGAAAAAUGGCUGCAGUCCGUUUCAUUUUCCAACUCCGAAACCAUCCAAUUGGCGGAAUAAAUAAUUUACUUCCACGAACUUGUCUUUUCCUCUUCACUGAUUCGAUUUUCUACUGAUUGAUGUAAUAAGGUAACAGUUCUUUAGAGAAUUCGUUUCCAUUUACCGAUGGAAGAGUGGGGCCGGAGCCAGAUUUCAUCUCAGCCCUCCAACUAUGUCACUAUUCUUGAUCUUCGAGAACGGUGGCUUAAAGAAAACGAGCGAAAACACAAAGAGAAGGAAGAUUUGAAACAGCUUGAGCUAGAAGAACGGGAACAGAAGGUUCCCCGGACGGAACCUGAUAAGAAGGAUGAUCAGAAGCCGGUGGUUCGGAAGCCACGAAGAAAUGCUUCUUCUUGGAGCAGGAAUGGGAGUGAGAAGGUUCGGAGAUAUUAUCGAGCUAAUCCACGGAAUGUGAACAAGAUAUGCAAGAAGAUUCUGGAUGAAAGCGAGCCUGAGCUGGCUAUUCCUCGAAUCGAGAGAGACAAGAAGAAGGAAAAGAAGGGUCGCAAGAAGAAUCGUAGGAUACGAAAGGGAAAGAUGGAUAAAACGUCGCCAACACCUGAGGAGAACUUGAAGGAGGGAUUCCGGGAGAAGGAAUGCGAGGUUGGGGUGCAGAACGGGAAGAAAAAUGUUAGGGCAAGAAAAAUCGAUGAAAAGAAGUGGACUGGGAGUCGACGUGGACCUGAGAAAACUGGCUACGCUCAUGAGAUGAAGGAGAUGGAAAACAAAUUAAGCCUUAUUUCAGUGAGUUUCGAAAUUAAAAGAGGGAGGAAUAAUGGUGUUGACAGAGGUAGUAGUCAAGGCAAUCGGAAUUUCAGAGAUCGUCGGAAUCUUGAUCGUCGGGGUCCUCGUAAACAGAGGGAUGUUAAAAUGAUUUGGGUGAGGAAAGAUGAGCUUUCAAAAGGUGCAUAGUAUACAGUUUAUGAAUCUUGGUUUAUUCUGAAUCACAAGAAGAUAAUCUGGUUCGGAAUCUAUUCAGAGUAGGAAGAGAACAGACAAAACUAAAGUACAUAGGUCUUCUUAUCUGUUGAAACACUUCGAAUGCAGGUUAGAACUACUGGAUGGUGAUAACUAUAUGAAAGAUCAAGUAGUUAACUAGAUAUUUGUAUAGCACGUGAAAAAUAUGAGCUAAAUAACACACACUCAUACCAUAACUGUGACCAUGUUGGGUUGAGAAAUAUAAUCAGAAGUGUUCAGUAUUUGAUGGUAUUUUAUUGAGCAGAUGGCUCAUUUUAUUCCCCUCUUUUGCAAGUCUCUCUCUUCAACCUUCUUCCUUACCAAUUACUUCUUUCUCUUGUAUAGGCUGAUCUCCAUUAGGUGACACUCCUACAAGUUUCCCCUCUUUCUUUAGGGAUUAGUUCUCCUACUCGAUCCUUCACCUGUUGGAAACUAUGAUCUUAUUUUGAGAACAAUAUUUGCAUUCUUUUGUUUGAUAAUUGAUAAAUGGGUUAUUUAUGUCUGUUUGAUAA